AGCACAGUGUGACAGCACAGAAUAAAUUUAACACAGAAGGGCUGCAAGACACAUUUGAGAAGAGCAGAAGUUUACAGGAUUUACAGGAACAGCACUAUUUCAACAUAAUGGAAAUCCCAGACUUGUCCUCAAUGAAACUACCUAGUCGACCUGAGUUGUUCGAUUUUGAGGGUGUUUCUAUGGUCCACUAUUUCACUGACAACUGGGAAAAAGUGAAAAACUUUCAAGCAAGACCUGAUGAUAUUCUAAUCGCAACUUACCCUAAAGCAGGUACCACCUGGGUGUCAUAUAUUCUAGACCUUUUGUACUUUGGUAAUGAUGCUCCAGAGCGGCAGACCUCCCAGCCUAUCUAUAUGAGAGUGCCAUUCCUGGAGUCAUGUUUUAAAGUGAUACCAUCAGGGACAGAACUGGCUGAUAAUCUGCCCACUUCUCCUCGCCUCAUCAAAACUCAUUUACCUGUUCAGCUUGUGCCCAAGUCCUUCUGGGAGCAGAACUCAAGGGUUGUGUAUGUAGCACGGAAUGCAAAAGACAAUGCAGUUUCCUAUUUUCAUUUUGAUCGAAUGAACAUGGGAGAACCUGAACCAGGAGACUGGAACACCUACUUACAGAACUUUAUAGAGGGAAAGAAAGUGUUUGGUUCUUGGUUUGACCAUGUUAAUGGAUGGUGGGAGAAAAAACAGGCAUAUUCCAACUUACUGUACCUGUUCUAUGAAGAUCUGGUUGAAGACACAGGACGUGAGGUGGAACGUUUGUGCUCCUUCUUGGGUUUGUCCACUUCAGUUGAAGAGAGGGAGAAAAUAACAAAAGGGGUUCAAUUUGACUCCAUGAAACAGAACAAAAUGACCAACUAUUCCACUAUCCCAGUCAUGGACUUCAAGAUCUCACCCUUCAUGAGAAAAGGUAAAGUUGGAGACUGGAAAAAUCACUUCACUGUGGCACAAAAUGAACAGUUUGAUGAGGUCUACAAACAGAAGAUGAAGAACACCACUGUCAAGUUCCGCACUGAGAUUUAAUUGAUUUUUUUUAUUGAAUUUUUACUUGAGUUUUGAACCUUAUCACUAAGAAUUAUCACUAAAUAAAUAAUCAUUUGAAUAUGAUAAUGUUUUAUUAAAAAUAUAUUCCAGUUAUGUUUCCCUAUCCCAGUGUAAUAUGCAAUAAAGAAAAGUACAAAUACA